GUUGAAACUAAACUUAUAAAAUGUUGACGGGCAUUAUGAAACACAGAAAGGAUAGUGUUAUGUUACUGUCUUUAAAUGCGUUAUUAAUUGUUUCAAUUUUAAGUAUGUGGGGGUUAAAACAACGUCAAUUUCGAUGUAUGCAUGUAAGUGGUGUGGCUAUGUUGUAUGGUAUGGUUCUCGGUGCAAUUAUGAAAUCUGUGGACUUUGUAUACAGAGACGAGCCAAUGAAAGUGUACGCCUGUGUGGGCCUCAACAACACUCCACUGACACUAACGGUCAAUGUCACCUCACAUGUUCACCAUUACAAACAUGUAGGGGAGGUCAACUUCCUUGAAGGCCAAGGAUCAUCUCUGACAACAGACUUAUAUCAGAUGACCUUUGAUCCAGAAGUCCUGUUCAAUCUGUUUCUGCCACCCAUCAUCUUCCAUGGAGCGUACUGCCUCAAUCAGAGAAGAUUCAUUGACAAUUUGGGCUCAGUGUUGACUUUUGCCUUCAUGGGGACAAUCAUCACCUGCGUUGGUAUUGGGGCCUGCGUGUACGCCUUCACCAGGCUGAUGGUUCUGGCCGGCCAGUCGGCAGAAGGGGACUUCCUCCUGACUGACUGUUUCCUGUUUGGGGCUGUGGUCUCUGCUACUGACCCAGUGGCAGUGCUGGCUCUGUUCUCGGAGCUUCGCGUGGAGCCCGACCUGUACACCCUGCUGUUCGGAGAGAGCGUCCUCAACGACGCCGUGGCCAUCGUCCUCGCACGGUCCGUAACCACUUACAGUCUGACGGGUGGAGUUCAUGCUUUUGACACCCGUGCCUUCUUCGUCGCUGUCGGCCAUUUUGUUGCAGUGUUCGCUGGCUCUUUCGCCGUAGGUUUUUUCUACACAGCAGUCACCGCUCUCCUCACCAAAUUCACCCGGCUGUGCGAGCACCCCCUGCUGGAGACAACCCUUCUAUUCCUGCUCUCCUGGAGUGCCUUCCUGUGUGCCGAGGUCUGCGGUCUCUCAGGUAUUGUGGCAGUGUUGUUCUGUGGAAUCGCCCAGGCCAGGUACACAAUCCACAACCUGUCUUCUGAGGCCAAGAUCAGGACCAAACAGCUUUUAGAGUUCUUCUCCUUUCUGGGGGAGAUGUUCAUCUUCUUCUACAUAGGGUUUGUCUUGUUGACGUUCCCACGCCAUGUCUUCAGUGCCCUCUUCAUAUGCGGGGCCUUUUUCUCUGUGCUUGUGUCGCGGGCGUGCAACAUCUACCCACUCGCCUUCCUGCUCAAUCUGGGCCGCAGGAACAAGAUUCCCAUCAACGGUCAACACUUCAUGAUGUUCUCAGGUCUGAGGGGAGCAGUGGCGUUUGUCCUGGCGGUGCAAGACACGUCCACCGAGGCGCGACGCACCAUCCUCAGCACCACCCUGCUCCUGGUCUGCAUCACCAUGUUAGGACUGGGCGCGGCCACCUCGCCUAUGCUGCGCUGGCUCAACAUCAGAAUUGGCGUAGACGAAGAUGAAGACGAGGUCUCAGUUCAGGGUCGGACAGAGAGGGGAGCAGCAGGGGAGGGCAGGGUAGACACAACAGCCGGCCUGUGGCAUCGUCUGGAACACAAAUAUCUUGGGCCAGCGCUCACACACUCCGGCCCUCCACUGACCAGCACGCUGCCCAUCUGGUGUGGCCCCUUGGCCCGGCUCCUGACCAGCCCUCAUGCCUAUGAGAACCAGGAGCGGUUGCGGGAUGAUGCCGACGCAGGCUGUACAGAGGUCAACCUGAAGGAAGCCCUGGGGGACCAGGGUGGGUCUGUCGGGGGCGUCGCAGAGCCAGAGCCUCACGAGGACCCUCUGGAAGGAGACCUGGGACUGGGAAGUACUCCAGCUACAGCUGGGGGGGAGGAAUGAGAGGGGGUCAAAGGGAGAGGGUUACCUAUCCUCAGCAUGUCAGCGAGGUCCCCCCCACCCCCAGGCUAUCCCAGCUUCCCCUGCAGUAUGAGGUCAGCCGACUAGGCUGUGGACACAACAGGACCAGAAGUUACAGCAGUCAGUCCUAGAGGAUCACAGGUGGUCUGAACUCAUGUGAACAACAGACGCACACACUGCUCACAUAAACCAAUAGACGUUCACACACACACACACACACACACACACACACACACACACACAAGCAAAGUAAAUCAUUCUGGAAAUUGCAGUCCCUUGCCGUUUAUAACCUUAUAACCUUUAAUUCUUAGAAUUGUUAUUUUUGUACCAACUUGCUCAGCUGUUCCUCCAGCUCUUGUAAAACCUUUAUUGUACUUUCUCCAAGCCUUUUGCCUCAUUAACCCUUGUGUUAUCUUCGGGUCAUUCUGACCCAUCAGUCAUUGUGACCCACCGUCGUAUUGCGACAACUUUACCGCAUACAAAAACAAAGUGAAGCAUUUUCUUUUAACCGUUGGGCUGUCUCAGACCCCCCACAUUGCAAAGGUUAAAAGAAAAUUAUUUUAAUUUGUUUUUGUAUUGGGUAAAAUUGGGUAAACACAAUGAUGGUUCAUUAUGAACCUUUGGGUCAUGUGACCCGAAGGCAGCACAAGGGUUAAAAUGUAUGCCAUUUAAUCUUGAUGUGCCUCAUCCUCUUUCUCAUUUAUUGUUUAAGGCUGCAAGACAAUACU